UUAAGAUAGAAAUGAGAUUAUGACACAAACACCUUUACUUCCUUUACCCUUUUUCUCCUUCUUCCCUCCCCUUUCAUAGUAAUCAUUAUUCCCUUACAGUUUCUCUCUUACAAAACACUCAACACUAUUUUCACAAGAAAACAAAACUCUCUCUCUCUUUCUCUCUUUUGUUGUUUUAUAAACAUUAAAUGCUUUUGAUUCUCCCUCUUUCUAUGCGCAUGUAAAAUCUUUGUUUCCAUCAGAAAGUGGUGCAGAAAGCUGUGUCUCAGAUCCCUAUAAUACACACAACACAGACACUGAUAAUAACGAUACAACUAUGUCUGUUUCAUAAUUCAUACAUACUUCUAGAGUGGUCCAUAACCUCAACCCUCUUUCCUCUAUAAUACUCUACUACCUUACCUUCCGUCGAUGAUGCAAGAACCAAGCUUAGGGAUGAUGCAAGGUGGUGGUGGUGGUUACGGUGGAGACGGCGGCAGCGGUGGUGAAAACCGACAACUCAAGGCGGAGAUAGCAACACAUCCUCUAUACGAACAGCUUCUGUCUGCACAUGUGGCUUGUCUUCGAGUUGCAACUCCUAUAGAUCAGUUACCAUUGAUUGAUGCACAGUUAUCUCAAUCUCAUCAUCUUCUACGAUCUUAUAUCUCUCAACAAACUCAUUCUCUUUCACCUCAUGAUCGUCAACAACUCGACAACUUCCUCGCACAAUAUUUGAUAGUUUUGUGUACUUUCAAAGAACAGCUUCAACAACAUGUUCGAGUUCAUGCUGUUGAGGCUGUUAUGGCUUGCCGUGAUAUCGAAAAUACCUUACAAGCUCUCACUGGAGUGAGUUUGGGAGAAGGAAGCGGCGCAACAAUGUCUGACGAUGAAGAUGAACAAUUGCAAUUGGAUUAUUGUUUAGAUAAUCAAUCUAGUGGUGGUGGUGAUCAUGACAUGAUGGGACUUGGUCCAUUACUUCCUACUGAAUCCGAAAGGUCACUCAUGGAAAGAGUUCGUCAAGAACUCAAAAUUGAACUCAAACAGGGUUUUAAGUCUCGAAUUGAAGAUGUAAGAGAGGAAAUAUUAAGGAAAAGAAGAGCUGGAAAAUUACCAGGUGACACAACUUCUGUCUUGAAGAAUUGGUGGCAACAACAUGCAAAGUGGCCUUAUCCAACUGAAGAUGAUAAAGCAAAACUUGUGGAGGAAACAGGAUUGCAACUGAAGCAAAUAAACAAUUGGUUUAUAAACCAAAGGAAACGAAAUUGGCAUAGCAAUUCUCAAUCUGUUACCUCUUUGAAAUCCAAACGCAAGAGGUAGUAAUAGUGUUACUAAUUACAACAAGUAAAACACAAUGAUAAUAUGAACUAAUUACUUUAUGGUUAUUGAUGAUAGAGUACUAUAGACCCUCCAUUGAGAUGGAUCAGGAGAUAAUAGUAGUUAUUUUGGUUAAUUGGUUUACUGAAAAAAUGUACUUAUGAUGUAGCUUAAUUUCAUAAGAGUUGUGUGGUUGUAAAUUUGUGGAAUUACAUGUAUGACUUUUUUUGCAUGUGGUAAGGUUGUUUUGUCUC